GUGACGGGCCGGCCGGGCGCUUGCUCGCCAAGAUGGCGGAUGAGGAGGGCGAGUCGCUGCCGCGCUCGGCGGCGCUGCCGCAGCGGAACGGCGGCGGCGAGGGGGCCCCGGCGGGGCCGGGCGGCCCCCGCGUGGUCCGCAUCGUCAAGUCGGAGUCCGGCUACGGCUUCAACGUCCGCGGCCAAGUGAGCGAGGGCGGGCAGCUGCGGAGCAUCAACGGCGAGCUGUACGCGCCGCUGCAGCAUGUCAGCGCCGUGCUGGGCGGAGGGGCCGCCGACCGAGCCGGGGUGCGCAAGGGGGACCGCAUCCUGGAGGUCAACGGGGUGAACGUGGAGGGAGCGACGCACAAGCAGGUGGUGGAUCUGAUCCGCGCCGGCGAGAAGGAGCUGAUCCUGACGGUGCUUUCGGUGCCGCCGCACGAGGCCGACAGCCUGGACCCCGGCGACGACUCCCUGGGCCAGUCGUUCUACGACUACACGGAGAAGCAGGCGGUGCCCAUCUCCAUCCCCACCUACAAGCACGUGGAGCAGAACGGCGAGAAGUUCGUGGUUUACAACGUGUACAUGGCGGGUCGCCAGCUCUGCUCCAAGCGCUACCGCGAGUUCGCCAUCCUGCACCAGAACCUGAAACGGGAGUUUGCCAACUUCACCUUCCCGCGCCUGCCGGGGAAGUGGCCGUUCUCGCUGUCCGAGCAGCAACUGGACGCGCGGCGACGCGGCCUGGAGGAGUAUCUGGAAAAAGUGUGUUCCAUCCGUGUCAUCGGCGAGAGCGACAUCAUGCAGGAGUUCCUGUCCGAGUCGGAUGAGAACUACAACGGCGUCUCGGACGUGGAGCUCCGAGUAGCGUUACCGGACAUAACCACGGUGACGGUCAGGGUCAAAAAGAACAGCACCACGGACCAGGUGUACCAGGCUGUGGCUGCGAAAGUCGGGAUGGACAGUAUUACCGCAAACUACUUCGCCUUGUUCGAAGUGAUCAACCACUCCUUCGUGCGCAAACUGGCGCCCAACGAAUUCCCCCACAAACUCUACGUGCAGAACUACACCUCGGCGGUGCCGGGGACGUGCCUGACCAUUCGGAAGUGGCUCUUCACGACGGAGGAGGAGGUGCUUCUCAACGACAACGACCUGGCGGUCACCUACUUCUUCCAUCAGGCUGUGGAUGAUGUCAAGAAAGGCUACAUCAAAGCCGAGGAGAAGUCCUACCAGCUGCAGAAGCUGUGCGAGCAGAGGAAGAUGGUGAUGUAUUUAAACAUGUUACGGACGUGCGAGGGCUACAACGAGAUCAUCUUCCCCCACUGCUCCUGCGACUCGCGGCGGAAGGGCCACGUCAUCACCGCCAUCAGCAUCAAGCACUUUAAACUCCACGCCUGCACCGAGGAGGGACAGCUGGAGAACCAGGUUAUCGCCUUCGAAUGGGACGAAAUGCAGCGGUGGGACACGGACGAGGAGGGCAUGGCCUUUUGUUUCGAGUACGCCCGAGGCGAGAAGAAACCCCGAUGGGUUAAAAUCUUCACCCCUUAUUUCAACUACAUGCACGAGUGCUUCGAACGGGUCUUCUGCGAGCUCAAGUGGAGGAAGGAGGUGGAGGAGGAGGCGGCAGACAAGGCUAACGAGAACUGCGGUAAAGACAGUUUGCGCAGCGAGAACAUUUUCCAGCUGGUCAGAUCACAGCAAAGGGACGCGGCCACUUAGUGGAACGGAACAACACCCCCCCCCCUAAUUAACACAGCUCUGUCAUUGUAUUAAAGCCCUGAAACUAAAUAUUAUUAUUAAUAAUAAUCCCAUUUGUGAGCGUCCUGUCGAAAGCACCGAGGAGCCGCUUUCCCCCCCCGUUCCAGCGCUUGGACUGAGCUCUUUUGUACCAUUGGAACCGGAACGUCGCGCUUUGCGCUGGUCAAACGUAUAUUGUACGUAUGUAAAAAAUACCCCCCCCAAAAUACCCCCCCACCAAUCAGAGUCCAAGAUACACAAACUUCAUUUAAUUCCAACCCGCCGGCAGCGCCUUUUUCACCUUUUUAUUUAACAAACCUGGCUCCUCCCAGCACAAUAUGGGGUGUUUUUUAUUAAAAAUAAAAUAACUUCGGAAUAAAAAAGGCGAAAGGAAAAAAGAAAUAAAAAAAGGAGAAGAGAAAAGAAGACAAAGGGGAAAAAAAAACGGUGGAAACAAAUUAAAAAUAAAGGAGAAAAAAAGAAAAAUGGAGAAAAAAGGGGAAAAAAGCGUCGCUGCCGGAAAGGCCUCUGGGCGCAGGUUUCAGCCCUUGGGUUGUUAUUGCCACCCCCCCCCCCCCCGCGAUGUUUUGCUUCGAUUUGGGGUGAUUUCAUAGAUUUUGGGGACAUCUGGACCCCCCCACGCUGGGGGGAAGUGUCCCCAGGGGGCCCAGAGGGGAAAUUGGGGUGAAAAAGGGGGUUUUUUGCUGCUUCGGGGGUAGUUUUUGCAGAGGAAAAAGGUGAUUUAAAUAGCUGGGGAAGGGGGCGCCGUGUGUCCCCAUCACCCUGUGUGCCCCCCAUGUGUCAUCACCCUAUGUCCCCAUCACCCCAUGACCCCCCAUGUGUCAUCACCCUGUGUCCCCCCCAUGUGUCGUCACCCCAUGACCCCCCGUGUGUCAUCACCCCAUGUGUCCCCCCCAUGUGUCAUUGCCCCAUGUGUCCCCCCAUGUAUCAUGAUCCCAUGUCUCAUCACCCCAUGUCCCCAUCACCCUGUGGCCCACCCCAUGUGCUCCCCAUGUGUCAUCACCCCAUGUCCCCAUCACCCCAUGUCCCCCCAUGUGUCAUCACCCCGUGUCCCCAUCACCCCAUGUCCCCCCCAUGUGUCCUCACCCCGUGGCCCCAUCACCCCGUGGCCCCAUCACCCCAUGUCCCCCCAUGUGUCAUCACCCCAUGUCCCCAUCACCCCAUGUCCCCCCAUGUGUCAUCAUCCCGUGUCCCCAUCACCCCGUGUCCCCCCCCAUGUGUCCUCACCCCGUGGCCCCAUCACCCCAUGUCCCCCCCCUGUGUCGUCACCCCAUGACCCCCCGUGUGUCAUCACCCCAUGUGUCCCCCCCAUGUGUCAUCACCCCAUGUCCCCCCCAUGUGUCAUCACCCCGUGGCCCCAUCACCCUGUGUCCCCAUUACCCGUGUCCCCCCAAUGUGUCAUCACCCCGUGUGUCCCCCAUGUGUCAUCACCCCCUGUCCCCAUCACCCCAUGCCCCCCCAUGUGUCAUCACCCCAUGUCACCCCCCCCAACCUUCAUGGGAUUUUGGGGUGAAACCCUUUUAUUUUGGGGCAAAAUCCCCCUGUUAUGCAGCUCCCAGAGCCUUUUACAGCGGGGGGGUGGAAUUAAUUAGCACCACACUAAUUGGCUUUAUUAAAAAAUCCCCCCCCCCGAGCUGCUCCCAGUGGUUCGUUCCUCGGUCUCUAACUCACCGGCUGUUUGGUAAAGUCACUUAGUGUAAUUAAUUGUAACAUAUUCUUUUAAAUAAAUUGAUUUAUUGAUGAAA